AUGGGCUGUUCUUUUUGCAGUAUUGAUACAAGUCCAUCAGAUAUGUCUGCCUACCCAGCAUCUCCAGCUUAUCCAGCAGCUCCACCAUACGAGGCUUCUGCUUAUCCAGCUUCUGCGGCUUAUCCAGCGCCCGCGGCCUAUCCAGCGACUGGAGCCUAUCCAGCAUACGCGACGGCACCGCCCCCUGAUGUUUAUGCUAUGCCUGCUAUGCAGCAACCGAUGCCAAUGGCUACACCAGCAAGUGCCGCUUUUGAUGCCUACCCCGCGUCAGCCACAUACAAUGCCACACCAGCCUAUGGUGCCGCUUUUGAUGCCUACCCUGCAUCAGCUACAUACGAUGCUACACCAGCCUAUGGUGCUGCCAUCAUUGAUGCCUACCCUGCAUCAGCUGCGUUCAGUGCCCAACCAGCCUUUGCCCCAGCCGCACCAGCUUACGAAGUUUCAUCUGCUAUGCCAGCAAUGCCAGCUUCUGAAAGUUGGGACCAGUAUUAA